AUGUCUUUCAGUAGAGAAUCUGACUCUAAACUUAAAUUUAAAACCUCGUCGAAAUUGAAGGUUUGUGCGAGUUUUGAAGCCAUGAACUUGAAAGAUGACUUACUUCGUGGAAUAUAUUCAUAUGGAUUCGAGGCACCAUCUGCGAUCCAGUCGCGAGCCAUCACCCAAAUCAUUUCUGGCCGUGAUGUGAUUGCCCAGGCCCAAUCAGGAACUGGUAAAACGGCAACUUUCACUAUUGGAAUGCUGCAAGUACUAGAUUUUAAGUCUAAAGAGCUACAAAGUAUGGUUCUGUCACCAACACGAGAACUGGCAAAACAGAUUUCCCAAGUGGUGGGGAACCUCGGGGACUACAUGAAUAUUUCAGCACAUGCCGUCACUGGUGGAACGAAAACGAUGCAGGGCGACAACAAGAAGCUGACGCAAGGCUGUCAUGUGGUAAGUGGCACGCCGGGUCGUGUCCUUGAUCUGAUCAAAAGACGCAUCUUGAACACUAGACACCUGAAAUUACUGGUGUUAGACGAGGCAGAUGAGUUGUUGAGCGAGACUUUAGGGUUCAAAAAUCAAAUAUACGAUAUCUUCGCCAAACUGCCGAGAUCUGUCCAAGUGGUGGUGGUAAGCGCCACAAUGAGCAGAGACAUUUUAGAGGUCACUAGGAAAUUCAUGAAUGAUCCGGUGAAAAUUCUUGUAAAGCAGAACGAAAUUUCAUUAGAAGGUAUUCAGCAAUUUCACGUUAACGUGGAUCGCGAAGAGUGGAAAUUCGAUACUUUAUGCGACCUGUACGAUUCACUCACCAUUACCCAGUGUGUUAUUUUCUGUAACACGAAAAAAGUCGUGGACUGGCUAUCAACGAAGCUGGCACAGGCCAAUUUUGCCGUUUCCGCGAUGCACGGUGACAUGAAGCAAGAAGACCGUGAUCGUGUGAUGAACGAUUUCCGGUCGGGAAAUUCGCGCGUUCUUAUUUCUACAGACGUGUGGGCUCGUGGGAUUGAUGUACAACAGGUGUCUUUGGUUAUCAAUUACGAUUUACCAGAGCUUUUAGAAAACUAUAUUCACCGUAUUGGCCGUAGUGGUAGGUUUGGUCGCAAAGGUGUGGCUAUCAAUUUCAUAACCCGAGACGAUGCCAAAAGGUUGCGUGAGAUCGAAGCCCACUAUAGUGUCAAGAUUCGUGCCAUGCCAGCCAAUUUACAGGAUCUCACGUAG